AUGGGCAGCUCCGAGAGCAUCGAAGAUGGGCUGAUCAGUUGCUGCGACGAAGGCAGCCAAUGGGGCACCGCCCAUUCGGGCUGCGAUGGCCUCCCUCUGCCCCAGCAGCUGGCAACGCAGUCGUGUCGCAUCGCCCAGGAGAUCUGCUGCCGAUCGUCGCUGCGGCAGAGGCUGUGCGACGCCGGCAAAGACGCCGCGCGUGCAGGCCGCCCCUGCCACGACGUCCAGAGCCCGUGCGCCGGCGACACUUACCGGGACUGCUGCGACGGCUGUCGCCUCGGUCUGGCCGCAGCGAAGGAAGGAGCUCCGUGCCGACCGCAGACUUUCUCGCUGGGCCUUCCCUGGGACGACGCCUUCUACCAGUGCUGCUCGGGAAGGGACGACCUGCCUGACGACACCGCUUCCACGGUUAACGACAACAAUGUGCCUGCAGGUCCCGGUGAAAGAGGACACGACGUGCCGGCAUGCCCGAUUGGCCAGGAACUCCACAACGACGGACGAAGUUGCGUGCCCGUCAAGUCAGGCAAUGGCGGCGACCACGAGAGGCCGUGCGACCGGAAUAAUGAAUGCGAACAACUUUGUCACGUCGUGGACUCUUCACCAGUAUGCGAAUGCCACGAAGGAUUUCGCCUGAGGGAUGACUUGACCACCUGUGCAGACAUCGACGAAUGCUCUGAGGAAAGCGACGACUGCGACGAAACCCGAGAGCAGUGCAUGAACAUACAGGGAAGCUUCAAAUGCAUACACAAGGCAGACAAUGUUGCCCUGCCGGACGCUGGCGGAGAUGUGCCCCAGUGCGACGCCGGUUUCAAGUACAACACCGCCAUCAAGGACUGCAUAGACGUGGACGAAUGCUCGGAGGGACUAGACGACUGCGAACUGGACACUCAAAGCUGUCUGAACACACACGGCGGCUACCAGUGUCUUUCUAAGGAGAGCAAAGAAUGCCCUGGUGGAUACGUGUGGAAGGACGAGACAUGCGUAGACGUAGACGAAUGCGCCGAAGGCUUGAGCGCUUGCGAGGCCGAUCUCAAGGAAGAGUGCAAGAACACAGUCGGCGGCUACGUGUGCGACCCGAUCUGUGGCCAAGGCCUUCGCUACAACGCCCUCUAUGCCAAGUGCCUCGACAUCGACGAGUGCUCGCAAGGCAGCCACACCUGCGGCUCGGCGGCGCUCUGCGUGAACACGGACGGCGGCUUCCACUGCAAGACACGCGACGUCAGCCACGGCGCUGGUCGGCCUACACAGUGCCCACGAGGAUUUCGCUACAGCCGGCACACGCGACAAUGCCAAGACACGGACGAGUGCCGGGAAGGCACGCACAAUUGCAGCUUCUCCACGCAAACUUGCGUCAACACCGAAGGCGGCUUCAUCUGCCGGGAUAGAAAUCUCUGUCCGGAGGGAUACCGCAUGGACAGGAACACCCGCUCUUGCAUUGACAUCGACGAGUGCUCCGAAGGCCGAUACGCGUGUCCCCAGAGGGGAACACUUUGCGUGAACACGCCGGGCAGCUACCGUUGCGUCAACAAGUCCCGCUAUCAGUCUUGCCCGGAAGGCUGGCGCUACGACCUUCAGGUCAAAGGAUGCAAAGACGUGGACGAGUGUGCCGAAGGACUGAGUAGCUGCGCCAGCGGCGAGAUCUGCGUCAACGGCGUCGGCUCUUUCAGCUGCGUGCCGGUCUCAAACGGCGGUUGUUCGCCUGGGUACCGGAAAAAUGCCGAUACUGGACGAUGCGAAGACAUCAACGAGUGCGAGGAGUACACGCACAGCUGUACGGGUCAUCUGCAGUGCAUCAACACAAGGGGCAGCUACCUGUGCGAGAGACGCCCCGAUGCGUCAUUUCCUGUUCCCAGCUCCCCUGCGACCAAGGGAAGGCCAGGCGACCCCACGUGCGGGGCCGGUUACCGCACCGAUCCGCUCACGGGGGCGUGCAGAGACAUCGACGAGUGCCUGGAGGACAAGCCGUGCGGCGUCAACGAGGUGUGCCGCAACGCUCACGGUGGAUUCGAAUGUACCUGCAACCACGGAUACAAGCGUGACUCGGUCUCGGGAACCUGCAAAGAUGUCAACGAGUGCCAGUACGGCGGCCACAACUGUCAGAUCGGCUUCCGUUGUGACAACACCCCAGGGUCAUUCACCUGCGUCCGGAUCUCGGGCUGUGGAACCGGCUACACCGUCAACGCCGCCACCGGCCAGUGUGAAGACGAUGACGAGUGUGCCCUGGGAGUUCACAACUGCGGCCCGAACUUCGAGUGCCAGAACACGGAAGGUUCGUUUCGCUGCGUGAGGAGCACUUGUCCCGCCGGGAGCCGCCGACUGGAGGACGGAAGCUGCCAGGCCAUAAACUGUCGGCCGGGACACACAAGCGACAGCUUCGGCAACUGCGUAGACAUCAACGAGUGCGCGCACAACCGCAGCCUGUGUGGCCGCUACCAUCGGUGCAUCAACACCCCGGGCUCCUACCAUUGCGAGAGCCUGCUCAGCUGCGACCCAGGAUACGAGCCAAAUUCGCAGGGGAACCGGUGUCUUGACAUCGACGAGUGCGCCACCCACACUCACGAAUGCCGGGAGAACCAGACGUGCAACAACAUACCGGGCAGCUACUCGUGCGAUUGCCCCAUCGGGUUCCGCAUGAACGCCUUCCGGGACUGCGAAGACAUUGACGAGUGCACGCGCUUCGCGGGCCGAGUCUGCUCUGUCAACUCCAAGUGCAUCAACACGCCGGGUUCCUACACGUGUGACUGCAAUCCUGGAUUCAAGAGGGGCUACGAUGAACGCACCUGCAUCGAUGUCAACGAAUGCGAAGACAACUCGCACUCAUGCGGCCAUUCCUGCAUCAACACCUGGGGCUCGUACCAAUGCAUAUGCAGGAAAGGAUUCCGUCUCGCCGAGGACCAGAGGACGUGCGUGGACGUGGAUGAGUGUGAAAUGUGGAAAGGUCGGGGCAGCCUGUGCAUCGGCACUUGCGUCAACGAACCGGGAUCCUAUUCGUGCACCUGUCCCGAAGGCUACGUCCUCCACAGUGACAAGAGGACUUGUCAAGACAUUGACGAAUGCGAGCGUGACAUCUGCCGGGGCGAGAACGAGGUGUGCCUGAACACUCGCGGAGGCUACCGGUGCAACAAGCUCGACUGUCCACCCGGAUACUACAGGGACGCCGACCACAAGACGCGUUGCAAGCGCGAGAAGCGCGACUGCGCCAUCGGGGACGAAGAGUGCCGGAAGGUGCCGGUGUCGCUGUCCUUCAACUACUUCACGCUGCCGCACAACAUGAAGAUACCACCGUCGGGACAACAGGACUUCUUCACCAUGCGGGGCCCGCGCUUCGGGUUCUCCACCGUCCAGUUCGAACUGGAACUGGUCGAGGCACGCGCGUCAUCCAGGGCCCACGGCGUCGAGGUGGCGACCAGGGAGCACUUCUUCUUGCGAAACACCGGUUUCAACGAAGCCAUGGUGUCCAUCGUGCGGCCGCUGCAGGGACCGCAAGACAUCCAGCUGGAGCUGCGAACCAGCAUCUACCACCAUGGCCAGUACAGCGGCAGCGCGCUGGCAAAGAUCUUCAUCUACGUCACUGAGCAUGAAUUCUAGGGCUGCACUUGUUUCUCAAGCACUGUGUCGUUCUAGUACA